AUGGCAAACAGGUUGGCACUAGUGGAACAGUCAGACAUAUCUCAACUCCCUUACUUACAGGCAGUGGUGAAGGAGAUAUGGCAGCUCCACCCCCAUGUACAGCUUCUCAUCCCCCAUAAGACUGAUACGAUUGAAAAUGUUGCCGAAUACAUUGUACCGAAACACACACAAGUACUAAUCAACUAUUGGGCCAUUGGAAGAGACCCUAAAGUAUGGGAUAAUCCUAUCGCCUUCUUGCCGGAGAGAUUCUUGGGUUGUAAUGUGGAUUACAAGGGGAAGGAUUUCCAAUUUAUUCCGUUUGGGGCGGGGUGGAAGACAUGCCCUGGCCUUCCUCUUGGGGUUCGCAUGGUGCACUUGAUGCUUGCGUCUUUGUUGCAUUAUUUUGAUUGGGAGCUUUCUGGUGGAUUGAAGGCAGAGGAGAUGGAUAUGAGGGAUAAGUUUGGUGUCACCUUGCAAACUUUGGUUCCACUUCGAGCCAUCCCUAGUGAAGCUCGGGAUUUGCAAUGUGCAUGA